CGCUGACAAUGGAAACUGAUAGUAACAGCGACAACGAAGUAUCGGCCGCCAUGCAAAUGCCACCGUACAGCCGCGCCAACAUCGAAAUGCUCAUCAGGAGACAUCACGCCGCGGUAACGGCGCUUGGUUUGGCUUUCCAAGGACCUCAACACAGGCCGACCGCCGCAAACGCGGCAACCUCGGUGCCAGCUCCAAAACAUCACACGAUCGAUGCGAUACUCGGCUUGAACCGGGACCAAGAUAAGGACCAAGAAUCCGGAGGUGAUAACAGUUGCAAUUCCAGUGAUACGGAACGGCCAUCCAGACAAAUCAAUCACGAAUCGUUAGACCAACAAACCCAUGUAAACGGAUCUCAGAAGCGUAGGGCCAGUGACAUAAUGGACGACGGUAGUGGCGUCGGAUGCGACAGUAGUGACGACGAACCGGACGACGAUCACAUGUCGGGUGGCCGAGCGAGCGCUUCUCCGGCAGCCGCAGCGGAUAGCAUGUCGCCGCCCGACAAGAAGAAGCACCGCAGAAAUCGCACCACGUUCACCACUUAUCAGCUACACGAGUUGGAAAGAGCAUUCGAAAAGUCACACUAUCCGGACGUAUACAGUCGCGAAGAGUUAGCUAUGAAAGUUAACUUGCCGGAAGUCAGGGUUCAGGUUUGGUUUCAAAAUCGAAGAGCCAAAUGGCGCAGACAAGAAAAAAUGGAAGCUGCCAGGUUGGGCCUCAAUGAUUACGUGCAUUCUACAAUGUCAGGAUCGCUUGGACGAAUGCCCGGCUCUAGCUUAGCUUUACCGGUAGAUCCAUGGCUAUCACCACCAUUGCUUAGCGCUCUACCCGGUUUCCUAUCUCAUCCACAGACCGGUUACCCAAGCUACUUAACUCCUCCUGUGGUGCACAGUCCAUCAUCAAUAAAGUCACCACCGUCUCCUCAACAAAUCUCCGUAACAUCACCAUCUUCCACAUCAUCCACUACUUCGUCUACCCAACAUGCUGCGAAUGACCCCAGAUCGUCUUCAAUAGCAGUUCUGAGGCUCAAAGCAAAGGAACACAUGGAGUCUAUUACGAAGGGGAUGCAAAUGGUUUAAAAUCUCGUCUUGUAUGUACAUAAGAGUAUUAGAGUUUGGUGUUAUUACACCAACACAGUAAAACAUAGCGAAUUCGAAUUUCCGAAUAAAUGCGGUACGGUGUUUAUUGACACUUUGAACAACCAAACCCACCCGAUUGUAAACUAUUAUUAGUAACUUACUUAA